GAGCUCUGGGCUCCGACAUCCGACAUCCGACAUCCCACCUCCAGGCCUCUGAGCCUCCGAGCCCAGACACAAGCAUGCAUCUGUCCUGCAUCCACGUCUUUGGCCUCCUCCUCUUCAACCUGCAGCUGGUCAACACAUCUCCCAUCAGCACCGGCUUGACCGACACCGACAUCGACGUCUUAAAGGUGCUGCUCCGUGGACUGGAGCAGACGGAGGCGGAGCAGAGCGCUGCAGACAGCGACGGUGUGGAGGCCGGCGGCGGCCCGGACGAAGGCGCCGUCAGGGAGUUCUUCUCUGCCAAGAACCUGAGGAGCGUGCGCGGCGACCUGUCCAGGAAGCCGUCCAGCUGCUUCGGCCAACGCAUCGACAGAAUAGGCUCCAUGAGCUCGCUGGGAUGCAACUCUGUGGGCAAAUCCAGUCACAAGUACAGAUGAAGGCUCACAUCCUGGGUCAGCGUCACACAUGGUUUCAUUGGAUCUCUAUUUAUUACUGAUAAAUUCAUUUGUGUCUGACUUAUUAAAGGUUAUUGUGUGAUUGUUUCUGUGAUGUUCAGUGUAUUUAUUAAAGGUUUACACU